CAUCGAUACCGGCUACAAGCAUUUUCGGCCGAGACUGAGCUGCCACCGGCUCCGAUCUGCUUUAUGAGCGCUAUGAAACCGGGACGUAUUAUCGUGUUUGUUUCUGAGCUCACAGACCGCCAGCAAGGGCGGCAUCCCUGCCGAAACCCCAAAUCGGAUCACAUGCAGUCGAUUAUUAUUACAUAAAAAAUGCAUCCUUUGAUUAACAUGAAUACAUUGAUCUUUUUGCUAAAAUCCAAAUAGUUUAAAUGAUACGGAAUCAUUUAAAUAAUAAAUAAGGUCCUAAAGCCGGCCCUCCGGCCCUCCGCCGCAGCUCGCAGGAGCCUGCUUCACCCAAGAGUGAGAGCGCCGGGCUGUCCGCAGAGAUCGCGUUUUCUCCGGGAGGCAGCCUCAGGACACAGACUGGGCCGCGGGCGCUGCGAGACCUGUGAGAGAAAGAGAUUCGUUUGAAUAAAAUGGAUUCCUCUCAGCUGGACAGUCUGCCACUUGCAGGACAAGAUAACCUUCCAGCUUCUGGAAAUGAUGAAUCCAAAGGGGGGGAGAAACCAAAAAAAGAGACAACAGAGCAACCUAGGAAACGGAGAGGUAGGGGGCGCCACCUGAAGGCCAAGUACUCUUAUAAAUGCUCGGCCUGCAAGGAGGCUUUUCCCAGCCCCUCAGCGCUGCGCAGUCACAAGGUGUCUGCGCACGGCAAGGAGGGGAGACUGCAUGCAUGCACCAAGUGUGAGAAGACGUUUGGCAGCUCGGCACAGCUGCUCAAACACCAGCGCACCCAUUCCUCCCAGCGGCCCUUCCAGUGCCACCAGUGCCACAAGGCUUACAAGACGCCCACGGAGCUGCGCAACCACUCGCGCUCUCAUACGGGCGAGAAGCCAUUCGUCUGCACGGAGUGCGGCAAGGCCUUCAUGCAGGCCAUCUGCCUGCGCAUCCACAUGACGCAGCACAGUGGGGAGCGGCCGCACUCCUGCCCUCAUUGCUCCAAGAGCUACCCCACGCUGUCCAAGCUGAAAGUACACCAGCGCUCCCACACAGGAGAGAAGCCUUACUUCUGUGCCGAGUGUGGCAAGAGUUUCGCCGACCCCUCUGUGUACCGCAAGCAUCGGCGCAACCACCAAGGCCACCGGCCAUACUCCUGCGGCCAGUGCGGCAAGACGUACACGGAGCUGAAGGAUCUGAAGAACCACGAGCGCUCGCACACAGGCGAGAAGCCCUACCUGUGUUCCGACUGCGGAAAGGCCUUUUCCCGCUCGUCCUCGCUGGCCUGCCAUGUGCGCAUUCACUCACAGAGUAAGCCCUACCAGUGUGAGCAAUGUGGCAAGGGCUUCACACAGCUCUCAUCCUACCAGUCUCAUCUGCGCACACACUCCGGCGAGAAGCCGUUCCUAUGCCCACAGUGCGGAAAGAUGUUCUCCGAUCCCUCCAGUUUUCGCCGCCACCAGAGGGCGCACUCGGGCUUUAAGCCGUACCCCUGUGAUAAGUGCACUAAGCGCUUCCGGCAGCCGGCUGAUCUGGCGGUGCAUCAGAGGGUUCACUCUGGACAGCGGCCGUAUAAGUGCCAGAGUUGCGACAAGGCCUUUGUGGCAUCCUGGGACCUGCGGCGCCACAUGCUGGUGCACACAGGGCUGCGGCCAUUCUCCUGCUCCGAAUGCGGCAAGUCCUUUGCUGAGCGCUCCAGCUUGAACAAGCACCGGCGGGUGCAUUCGGGAGAGCGGCCCUUCAAGUGCGGCCUCUGCUUCAAGGCAUUUGUGGUCUCAUCCAGCCUGCGCAAGCACGAGCGGACGCACCUGGCUGAGCGUACCCCGGAGCAGCCACAGCCUGGUCAGAGCCCCGCCACUGUGCAGCCUUUCUCCAUCUCGCUCUCAACUCCCACCACCCUGCCCCAGUUUUCCUGCUCCCACUGUGACGUGACCUUUGGCACGUGGGAGGAAGUCCAAGCUCAUGAGAGCCUCCACGCCGUCCCUCCUCCAUCAUCCGCGACAGUUGCUCUGCCCAUGGGUCAGCACGUGUGCACGCUCUGCCAGGCCGAGUUCAGCCAGCUCUCUGAGCUGCGUGCCCACGAACGCUCGCACCCGCUGCUCCGCCCUCAUGUCUGCGAGAGCUGUGGGAAAGGCUUCAUGAACAAGGCCGGUCUGCGCAAACACCAGCGUAUCCACUCCACGAACCGGCCUCACGUGUGCCAGCACUGCGGCAAGGCCUUUCUGUUUGCAGCCUAUCUCCGGAAACACUUGCACACUCACCAAGACUCGCUACCCUCUCCUGCUCAGGCCCGCACCCAAAUUGAACAGGCCCUGACGUCUACAUCAACACCCGACACGGGUCUGCCAGCCUCCACAGAAAGCGAGGGCAUCUCCCUGGCCGUUCCUGUGUCGGUGUCCCUUUCAGCCUUCCAAACAGUGCCAGCUACAGUGUAUAUAGAGAAGGUUGAGGGUCUCUGAGGCAGGCCCGGGCUGCGCUGAGGCCUCUUUCCCUCAAACUCUUACAGCAUCAUUCUUUAUUAAACAGCUUCUGUUUAUGUGUAGUGCAUACCCUAAGAGGCAGUUUAAUUUUGUGUACACACAUAACCUAUUUUUCUCUAUAGCGGACUAAGUAUCUUAGUGUUUUAUGUGUGGAUUUUUGUAUUACUUGUUUUUGAGAAAAAUAAAGUUCCGCUGUUUA